GUCCUCGACAUGGAUGCCAGAGAGGUGGGCUACUGUCGCAUCGUAGAGAAGAUCUUGGUCCCCUCCGAUCGCUCCGUGAUCCUGCGCACGGCAUAUCAGCGAGGUGUUGGAGAAUCCGUGCCUCCGCUUUCGGAACAGACAGAGGUAAAAUCAAUGUCGGUGGCCUCUGCGACUGGGGAGAGCUUCAGCAAGGAGCAGCUCAGCUCUGCAACGGAUGAGGACGAGGAGGUGCCUCCACCCGAGCCCUUCGUGCCGGGCCCAAGGAGGGAGCUGCGCACGGUUCGCGUUGUCAAGGAUGCACUGACCUUUGGCAUGGUAACGGACGGAGCUUGGGACGAGACCGUGUCAGCGUUGAAGCUCACAGGACCGUCGAAGGAGGAGACGCCGGAAGCAUCGAAGGAGGAGGAGGAUGACGAGGCUAAGCAAGCUGAAGCUCUCCGAGUUGCACAGGGCAUCACGCACGAAGAUGAGGAGGGGGCAGAGCCAAUGGAGGCGACCUGGAGUUCUUUACGGAGUAGGAGCGCGAAUGUGGGCAGCAAGGGCAUGGACGUAGAAGCAGAACUAGCGGCAGUCACCUGGCAGUUUUGA